AUGUCUUACUCGACCAUGGCAGUUCGCCAUUUCACGGCUCCAAAGCCGCUGGGGGACGCGAUGGCUUCUCAGUCUCAAUCGUUGCCUGAGACUAAGACCAAACCUAGAACCCUGGACGCCACGCCUCAUACCGAUGAGCCAUCAAAGAAGAAAGGCCUGACGUUCGCCAACCAAGACUCCCUCCCCAAGCUACCAGUCCCGGACCUUGAGAGUACCUGUCAGAAAUACCUCGAGGCAUUGUCGGCAUUGCAAACCCCAAGGGAGCAGGAGGAGUCAAGGGCAGCUGUGCAUGAUUUUCUUAGAUCGGAUGGGCCGGUCCUUCAAGAGAAGUUAAAGAACUAUGCGUCGUCCAAAACGAGCUACAUUGAACAAUUCUGGUAUGACUCUUACCUCAAUUACGAUAGCCCGGUUGUCUUGAACCUUAACCCAUUCUUCUUAUUGGAAGAUGACCCUACUCCCGCGCGGAACCACCAGGUCACCAGAGCAGCAUCGCUUGCUGUCUCAGCCCUGUCCUUUGUAAGAGCUGUGAGGCGGGAAGAGCUACCGCCUGACACUGCUCGAGGAACACCGCUCUGCAUGUAUCAAUACUCCCGCCUAUUUGGGACAGCUCGUUUACCCACGGAAAAUGGAUGUGUCAUCAGUCAGGAACCUAACGCCAAACAUAUUGUCGUCCUGUGUCGCGGCCAGUUUUAUUGGUUCGACGUCCUCGACGAGAACAACGAUCUGAUUAUGAAUGAGAAGGAUAUCGCAGUGAAUCUGCAAGUAAUCAUUGGAGAUGCGGAACAAACCCCGAUACAAGACGCUGCCAAGGGCGCGCUGGGUGUCCUCAGCACAGAGAACCGCAAAGUUUGGUCGGGGCUAAGAGAUAUCUUGACCAAAGAUGAGGGUUCAAACAAUGCAGAAUGCCUGAACAUUGUCGAUACCGCCCUGUUUGUUCUCUGCCUGGAUUACACUGAACCCGGCAACAUAUCCCAGCUCUGUGCCAAUAUGCUCUGCGGUACGAGUGAAGUGGUCAAGGGCGUGCAAGUUGGUACGUGCACAAACCGUUGGUAUGACAAGCUUCAGAUCAUCGUGUGUCAAAAUGGAAGUGCCGGGAUCAACUUCGAACACACCGGUGUCGAUGGCCACACGGUGUUACGAUUCGCCAGCGACGUUUACACCGACACCAUACUUCGUUUUGCGAGGACCAUCAACGGCCAGGCCCCGAGCCUGUGGGCGACCACCGGCCCCGAUCCGACCAAGCGUGACCCCCGAAGCUUUGGCAAUGUUAGCACGACUCCGCGGAAGCUCGAGUGGGACAUGAUUCCGGAGGUUAGUAUCGCCUUACGUUUUGCCGAGUCCCACCUUUCCGAUCUUUUGCAGCAGCACGAGUUCCAUGUGCUAGACUUUGCGGGGUAUGGAAAGAAUUUUAUCACUUCGAUGGGGUUCUCGCCCGAUGCAUUUGUGCAGAUGGCAUUUCAAGCGGCAUACUACGGUCUCUACGGCCGGAUUGAGAACACCUACGAGCCAGCCAUGACUAAGGUCUUCCUCCAUGGACGAACUGAGGCUGUUCGGACCGUCACCAGUGAGUGUGUGGAUUUCGUCAAGACCUUCUGGGGGGAGAUCCCGCCCGAGCAGAAAGUGAACGCCCUGCGGAAAGCGACUGAGAAACAUACGGCGAUCACCAAGGAAUGCUCCAAGGGCCAGGGUCAGGACCGCCACCUCUAUGCUCUGUACUGCCUCUGGCAGAGAUCGUUCGAUGAAGGCGUUUCUUCCGCAAGCAACAGCGUGCAGGGGAGUUCUAACGGCUACUCCAGCCCCGUCGAGAACGGUUCAAUUAUUGACUCGCCUAAACUGUCUGCCUCGAUGUCGGAGGAUGGGAUGUCCUCGGGCAGCUACGGACUUCGCGCCAUACGCCCGGCGCCGCCUACACCGGCGAUCUUCAGCGACCCUGGUUGGGAUAAAAUCAACAACACGGUGCUAUCGACCUCGAACUGUGGUAACCCAUGCUUACGACACUUUGGGUUUGGGCCGACAUCUGCGGAUGGCUUCGGGAUCGGCUACAUCAUCAAGGACGACUCAAUUUCAAUCUGCGCCUCGUCCAAGCACCGGCAGACGGCUCGAUUGAUGCAUACUUUGGAGACCUACUUGCUUGAGAUCCGUAAGAUGCUGCGGAUGACCAGCCACAAGACCAUAAGCCCCCGCACAAGUCGGGCUCGCGAGAUGGAGAUCAUCACCGAGCGGUUCCAGGGAGAGCCCCGGCGGGGUCGGAUUGUUCGGGGCGACCCGACCCAGAACCGGGGAGCCGAGACGCCAACGACCGACAGCGGAGAAUUGGAGGACGAUGGCAUGGGCGGAUGGAUGCUCUUCCACGCCCUCAAAGGGCUGAAUGCAGACCGGGAACGGCCCGGGGAGAAGCCUGAGAAGCGUCGGUUUGUCGGGAAGAAGCUCCGACUGAAUGAAUAUUGA